AAACUCUCAACUUGGGCAUCAGGACCUUUUGCCACAAGAAGCAAUGCUACCCCGAUGGGAACUGUCUUUUUACGUGCUUGCUUCACUAGGCUUCCACUUCUAUUCUUUCUAUGAAGUUUACAAAACCUCCAGAGAACAUGAAGAACAAUUGGACCAAGAAUUUGACCUGGCGAUUGGCACUUUGUUUGGAGGAUUAAAGAAGGACCAGACCGACUUUGAGUGGAGCUUCUGGAUGGAGUGGGGGAAGCAGCGGCUGGUGUGGCUUCUCCUUGGCCACCUGGCUGUGUCUCAGAUGGCCAACCAGAUCGCGAGGAAGCACAGACCCUGGAUCCUCGCCGCCUACGGGAUGGGGGCCUGCUGGUGCGUGCUGGGGGCCCCGGGAACAGCCAUGGUCUUCCUCCACACCGUCGUCUCCUUCUGCGUCGCGCAGUUCCGCUCGCUGUUCCUGUCAUGGCUCUGCUCCCUCCUCCUGCUCUCCACGCUGAGGCUGCAAGGCGUGGAGGAGAUUAAGAGAGGGUGGUACAGGACAGAACGCGAGUACUACCUGCUGCAGUUCACGCUGACCGUCCGCUGCUUGUCCUACACCAGCUUCAGCCUCGAGUUCUGCUGGCAGCAGCUGCCCUGCGGGCGCGCCGUCUACUCCUUGCCCUGGAUGGUGGCCUACGUCUUCUAUUACCCAGUCUUCCACAACGGGCCCGUCCUCAGCUUCCCGGAGUUCAUCGGGCAGAUGCAGCAGCAGGAGCAGUGCUCACCGCGGCCCCGCCUCUCCGUGCUGGCCCGGGCGCUGGGCCGCCUCUGCGGCUGCUGGUGCUUGGCCGAGCUGAUGGUGCACCUCAUGUACAUGCAUGCCUUCUACGGCAGCCCCCCCCUCCUGAGGGCCGUCUCCUGCUGGACCUUAGGAGGACUGGCGCUGGCCCAAGUGCUCUUUUUCUACGUGAAGUACCUGGUGCUCUUUGGCAUCCCGGCCCUGCUCAUGCGCCUGGACGGACUCACGCCGCCCCCCCUGCCUCGCUGUGUCAGCACCAUGUUCAGUUUCACCGGCAUGUGGAGGUAUUUUGACGUUGGACUUCAUGAUUUCUUAAUCAGGUAUGUGUACAUUCCAGUGGGCGGGUCCCAACACGGCCUGCUGGGGACACUGUUUUCCACUGCGAUGACUUUUGCAUUUGUGAGCUACUGGCACGGUGGGGACGACUACCUCUGGUGCUGGGCAGCACUCAACUGGCUGGGAGUCACCAUGGAGAAUGGAGCCCGGAGGCUGGUGGAGACCCCAUGCAUCCGGGACAGCCUGGCCCAGUUCCUCUCCCCACGGGCUCGCCGCCGGUUCCACGCUGCCUUCGCUUCCUGUUCUACCUCCAUGCUGAUCCUGUCCAACCUCGUGUUUCUUGGGGGCAACCAAGUUGGGAAAAUCUACUGGUUUAGGAUCUUCGUUCAAGGCUGGCCGUGGGUGACCCUCUCUGUCCUGGGAUUCCUGUACUGCUACUCCCACGUGGGCAUUGCCUGGGCCCAGACAUACUCCACGAACUAAUGUCACCGGUCCUAGGCGAGCUCUUGCUGUCGGCCUCCAAGGCAAAUGGUGCUUCUCCCUGACCUCGUGGAACCUCCAAGGGACCAGUGCUUGAUCUGCUCUUUUGUUGAAAUUACCUCACUCCAAGAGUGGAUGCUUGAGCUCUCAUAGAAAAUCGACAACCAGAGUGUCUUCUAACUUCAGAAUUUAGAGAUUGCCCCCC